CGAAGUGGUGCUGAGACUGCACCCGCCACCCUCAACCGCCCGCGGCAACGUGUCGCUAGCUGACAUCGAUGGCAGCGGCGUGGUGGUGAGGGCAGAGGAAGCCCUCAUAGUUGCCUUCGUCCUCCUGCUGUGGGUGGCGGCCAUAGCCCUGUUCUUCAACCGCUGGGGCAAGAUCAGGUGCGUCUAUAAGCUGAUGCUAGAACCGUACCAGCCGAAGUUCCAGCAGCAGCAUCGACAAAGUUGCGCGCUUGCAGAAAGCUCCGUCGUGGUCCCGCCCCAUCACCGACCGUCACUAGCGCGAGGCUGCGUGUCAUACGACUGCGGCGUGGCCUUUCCCUCCUACCAGCCGUGUGGGUACCUCUCGGCUCAUCGACCUAGACAGAACUCCGUCUUCGUAGGCAGCAUGGCUCUCAUUCCAGAAAGUCCCCCGCGGCGCUCGCGCUCCGCCGCCGACUUACCAGCCCUAGUGCCCCCCCUAGACGUGACCCACUCCGUGACCUCCCGGUCUUCUCGAGCCGCCAGCCUGCACAGCGCAGUAGACCUUCGCGUCUGUGUACCCUCGCCCCGGACUUCCAGAGCUGCCAGUCUACAUUCACAGGUGGAUAUGCCCGGGGCGGUCCAGGUCCAUGUCAGAGGGUCGGGGAGCAACUUGAAUAGACCGAGAAGUCCGAGGAGACUCACUAUCACUAAUGUUUAGUUUCGGCUACUUGAAAUAUCUUUGAAAAUCU